GUGAGUUGAAUAUCUAUUCAUUUGAGUUAGUCAUAUUUUUUAAUUUGAUUAAGAGAGCUGCUAUCCGAUGAACAUCUCACUGCAAGUUGACCAAUCUGUACAAGUAACCAAAGAUAUGGAAGAAAUCAACAACACACCAAUUAACUCAUCUUUUCAGUCUCUGAUUCUGUCUUUUGACAAUCCCCUAAACUCACCUCCUACUACCAACACCCCCCAUAUUUAUGGAAACAAACAUGUCUCAACUCAAAUUCCAAAAGGGUCAUCAAAAAAUGAAAACUUGGAAGCAAAAACCUCACAAAACAAAAGGUCUAGAUAUCAUGGUAAUGAUCAUAUCAUGGCUGAGAGAAAACGAAGAGAGAAACUCAGCCAGAGUUUCAUUGCUCUUGCAGCACUUGUUCCAAACCUAAAAAAGAUGGACAAACAAUCUAUAUUAACUGACUCUAUCAAAUACGUGAAAGAGCUUAAACAGCGUUUGGAAGAACAAAACAAGACAACAAAUGCAGACUCGGUGGUUGUUAUGAACAAACAAGACCUAUGCAUCAAUAAUGAUAAUUCAUCAUAUGAUGAGAGUAUUGGAGGUGCUUUUGAUGCCAAUGAAUCUCUCUUACAGGUGGAAGCAAGAGUUUCAGGUAAUAUGGGGAGCUUACAGGAGAGGCUUCUUAAGAUUUCUCAAAAGAAGCAAAAGCAUGUUAAGGCAAGUGGUGUGGGUGGGUCUUCUUCGAGUGCAGUGGCUGAAGAUGAUGUCAUUGUUGUUGAUCAGUCUAAAGAGACGAGGAGGCCAAAAAAUAGGGCCUCAUCAGUGGUCGAGGAUCCAGAGAGAGUCAAAAGGACCCGGGUGGACCUAGAAUUUGGGGAUAAGGAGGUCGACAAGUUUAUUCUACCCGCCUGUAUAGGGAACAAUGGCUUGCUUGAUAGGAAUAUCGCAGUCCAGAUAUCUCCUGCUAGUGUCUCCAUUGUCAAUGAAAUGGGACCUGUAAGCCUAAAAAAUGAUAUAGCAGCGGACACAGUGGCUGUCCUCCGAAUUCUCGAGGUGGUCAACAUUCUGAAUGGUAGGGAGUGUCGGUAUUUGAAGGAGAAAUGUGAACUUCAUGAGCGCGUUGUUAAGCUCAAAAGGAAGCUUACAAAGUUGAAGAAUGACUUUCUCAACUAUAAAGAAAAGUUCAAGGUGCAUGCCAGUAUUAUCCUCGACAAUACCAAGAAGGAGGAAGAGAUUAAAGAGUUGCGGAGGAGUCAGGAGACUUGGGUUGAAGAGAAGACUAAAUUGGAGGAUUUUCUUAAGUCUUAUGGGAGCCGGACCUUGGAUGGGGAAGUAUCAACAGUUGAUAGGUCUGACGAGUUGGCAGGGCUGGACCGAGCAACGUUGAUCUCCAAGAUCCACAACUUGGAGGGUGAGAUGCUCAACUCAGCCCAAGAGAGUUUUGACAAUGCCUUUUCCCAGGUGAAGUGUUUGAACCCUAAAAUCGAGUUGAAGACUGAGGGUAUGAGUGUGUUCAUGGUCGUUGAUGGUGAUCGCUUGACUCUUCCUGUCGGGCAAGAUGAAGCAGAAGAUGUUUGAUGUUGGGCUAUAUCGCUUGUAAUUUUUACUUUUCCUUUGUAAUGCUUGUGGCGUUGUGUUCGCCUUUUUGUAAUUGAUUGUCUUUUUGUACUUGAUGUCAUUAUGGUCUCGAAGACAAUACACAACCUUUAAUGGUUGCUCUAAUUAAUUUAUGAUUAAAUUACAAAUUGUUCUCGUA